UAGAACAUAUUUUUCUGUCACCUACUUUUAAUGCCCCCAUGCAAUGAUAUACCGUUAAAAACACAUUUUUAUUUCAUUGUAACUAUGACAAAGUGUCACCCAUUUCUCCACAUUGCUCAGAGGUGCUAAAUACACUAAGUGACUUCUAACUCGAGAGUAUAAAGAAAACAGUUACUAUCUGGUAGUCGUAUUUCGAACUUCAGCUAGGCAACAUAAAGUAUAGUGGGCUAAGAUGUUCAGUGCAAAUCUUCUAAGCGUUUUACUAGCGAUAUCAAUAUACGUAAGUUCUUCAACUGCGUACUACAUCAACCCGAAUUAUGAUUGUGGCGAGUUCGGAUUUUCUUGUGAACGGAACAACAGAGUGAGAAUAUGUGACGGGAACAAGUUAUUCGGACCGACAUUCAUUUGUCCACCCGGAACAUUCUGUAACGAGGAAUCUACUGCGGUCUGUGAAGAUGCCAUCAACUACAUUGACCCAGCUUUAACAAGAAGACUUCGGUGCCACAGAAAUGAAAGAAUUGCUAAUCCCAACGUACCUGGAUGCAAGGGAUACAUCCUCUGCGUCUCCAACGGCAAUAGAUUCCAAGGCAUUAACUUGAAGUGUUCUGGCAACACCAUAUUUAAUGGUUUCACUCGAUCUUGUACUUCACCCCAAAAAUAUAAGUGCCCUGCGAACAAUUCUACCAAGUCGACUCCUGAAUUGUAUUCGACGAAAUCGAGUCCUGAAUUGUAUGGGUCUGACUUAACUAGGAAGGAUCCUUCCUACAAUGCCAAUAAACCAACUAUGAGUUUGAACGAUCGGUUUUCGGGUCAACGACCUGCAUCGAUAGAGUGCAAGAAUUACAAGUUUAGAGUGACACAAGACGACACUCCAAACGGUGUGACGUACUUCUGUCCCCCACGACCUGUGAGGGGUGAGUCCUCGAUACGAUGCACGAUAUUUUCUAACAAUUUCUGUGUAACAUUAGAAAGAGACGACGAGGAGCAAUUUGUAGAUAACGGUGCACCGUACCGAAGGCCAAGAAUGUAACAUUUUAUGUUAUCUAUAAGUAGAAAAUACUAUAAAGACUGAAUACUUACAUGGGGUCAAAAAUAAAAGAUCUGAAUUUAUGUAAACGUAAGUUGUACACAGGUACUUUUAAUAGUAAUUUAUAAUACAUCAUAAAAUAAAUUAAACUAAUUAUAAGAAUAA